CGGAACUCUAGACCAAUAUGAUAUGCAAGAGGAUCCAAGACGAUUCAAUCCGGUCUCUAUCAUCCCGACUUCGAAGGACCCAAUCGGGAUCUCAGUGUUCAACUCGAUCAACUUCUACGCCACCAGGCUUCUAAUGCUUCCGUCUGCCGCCAACUACCCUGGACUACCCCCGGUUUGACCUCAACCUCAUUUAACGUAGCAUUUGAACUCUGAUCACUUGUUCUCACGGAACGAACGCGAACACUCAUUGAUGUUGUUCUGUAGACAUUGCAUUUUGGCUUCCUCUUUGUGACAUCGUCCACUGUUCCCGUCGUACAAUGAAUCACUGCAACUGUCCGCUAUCACAUCUUUCUCAGUUCAAGGAGCAGGAAUCACGGGCGGCGACUACUUCACCCUCCAUGUUUCGGCCCCGAAAAGACAAAUUUCCUUCCUUCCACACUAAACACCUACGCCUCUACAUCCCACCGAAUCUAUCAUCAAGAUGUCUCUUCGAUUGGGUGAUUAUGUGGAGAGCAUUUACUUCCGCGGACAAGACCCAUCAAAGGCAACGCAUCGGCCUUUCAACAACGGAAAUGCUCGAUCCCCACCACUACUCCGCUCUCGCGGAGUGAAUCGCAUACUCGUCUUCCCGGGUUCCUUCAACCCACCUCACCAGGGACACCUCGAUCUCCUCUGCCAUGUCUUCGGAAAUGCGGGCGAAGACCUCCAUGUCGUCGGCGCAAUCAUCAUCAUGACGGAUGAUGAGAGACUUGAAGCAAAACUCAGCAAAGAACAAGACCCCUUCCUUCUUUCCAGAGAGCAGCGCGUCAAUCUCUGGCGUGGCGAGGGAGUUCCAGUUGACUGGGCUUGGAUCUACGACAGAUCGGAGGCUAGCUGGCCCGAGUUCCAAGCCGAGCUGACCGGCAACUUGAGAAAGCGCGGAAUCGAGCUGAAGUUUGCACUUCUUGGAGGACCCGACAACGUUGGGGUUCAGGGUACCCCGGCUCCUAAGUAUUGGAAUUGCGAAAGCAUCCUCACCAGCAAUGUUUCUCGCCCUGUCGACUUCCUCUGCCCCAACUCCCUUCGACAACUGCCUGGCUAUGAGACGUGGACGAAGCCUGACAUCGAUCGCGGCCGGAUUAUGCGUCAAAUCGAAGCCAAGUUGCGUGGAAAGUCACGUCAAGUUAUUGAAGAAGCUGUUUCCCUGGCGGUUGAUAACCUGGCUGCUAUUUGGGUCUGUCGCAGACUUCGGAAACCCAGAACUAUGAUCCGCUUCAUCCCAAAACCUGCAGAGAUUGCCUCCGCUUACAUCCCCAGCUCGACCAACAUCCGAAGCAUUGUAUCGAAUCCGUCAUCGGACAGACUGGGCGACCUGAAAAAGAGUAAGGCCCUCAAUGCCGAUAUCCUGGCAGAGUACGUCCGUCAGCGACUGACCUCGCCGAGAAAGGCACUCAAACAGGAAGAGGAGCCCGAAACAGAGAAGAAAGACGAGCGAACCCCUGAUGACUUUUGGUAAUGAUGCGGUUGACAGGUGGAAGGAAAAUGUGAAGAUGGCAUUGAAACCAUGAUGUGUAAGACGCACCCUGGGAGCAUCUAGUAGA